UCAGAAUUUCUCCCCAUCUGUUGCACUUCUCUCCCUCCCCCGCCGCUUCCUGUCACCCUGUUUCGCUUCCGACCACGUUCUCUUUGCCCCGACGUGCUUCCGUCAUUUUUUUCUGGUCCUCUGUGUGCGACUUCCACCCACUUCCUCCCCGACAAUCAAUGCUCCAGGGGCACCUCCUCGCAGUAACGGUGUCUGCCCGCCUUCAGCGUCAUGGCCAGCGGUAGGCCUCCCGGACCUCAUCCAGCCGCUGGCCACAACGAUGAACUGCUGCUGGAUGAGUCCGCUCCGAUGUAUAACACGGGUCAGCGUCCGCCCGUGAACGAUGACAACCUAUUGCGACAGUACGAUAUCGACGACUCCGACCAACCCCAAUCCCGUCCCUCUGUUUCCUACGAUAGCUUCGUCGGCGGACGAGCUCCGCCGCAUUCGGGCGCACAUGCGACCUCCUCCGCCCACCCCCCGGCGCAAACCGGGGGCUACCUCACCGAUCCCUACACCGGAGCCGACAUGUCUCGCACCUACUCCCACACGUCCGGAUUGAGCAACUACAACCGCUACUCCCUCGACGAAUACGACGACGAUCGAUCCCUACACGGAUACUACGAUCUGGAUGAUGGCGACGUAGACCACCUGCAGCCCGACAGCCGGGUUCGCCAGGCGAAGGAAAGGAACAGCAUUCUAGGUUUGGGGGGUGGCUUGAUGGGCAGAGCGAAGCACAUGCUGGGCAUGGGCGCCGAGUAUUCGGAAAUGGAUCUCCCCCUAACAGAGUCGGGCGCACGCGCGGCUCGGGUGGACAGUGCAGAUCCGGAUGAGUCCGCGGCGCCCGGCGCUCGAAAGAAACCGAAGAACUCGGACUUCAAGUUUGGAUUCGGUCGCAGGAAGGUAGAUCCGUCGACUCUGGGCCCUCGUAUGAUCGUCUUGAAUAAUCCGCCCGCGAAUGCUGCGCACAAAUUCGUCGACAACCAUGUCUCAACCGCCAAGUACAAUGUCUUCACCUUCAUCCCCAAGUUCCUGUUCGAACAGUUCUCGAAAUACGCCAACCUGUUCUUCCUUUUCACCGCCGUUCUGCAGCAGAUCCCCAACGUUACCCCGACGAAUCGGUACACCACCAUUGGCCCCUUGUUGAUUGUGUUGUUGGUUUCAGCCAUCAAGGAACUCGUGGAGGAUUACAAACGGAGGUCGUCGGAUAAGGGGCUGAAUUUUUCCAAGACACAGGUACUGAAAGGCUCGAGCUUCCAUGAAACCAAAUGGAUCGAUGUCGCGGUGGGUGAUAUUGUUCGCGUGGAGUCCGAGCAGCCAUUUCCCGCCGACAUGGUCUUGCUCGCAUCGUCGGAACCCGAGGGUUUGUGCUACAUUGAAACUGCGAAUCUGGACGGUGAGACCAACUUGAAGAUUAAGCAAGCUAUUCCGGAGACGGCGCACUUGGUCAGUCCCGCUGACCUCAGUCGGUUGACCGGGCGCGUCCGAUCGGAACAGCCUAACAGCAGUCUUUACACCUACGAGGCAACGUUGACUAUGCACGCUGGAGGUGGUGAGAAGGAAUUGCCGCUGGCGCCGGACCAACUGCUUCUGCGAGGUGCGACUCUGCGCAACACUCCCUGGGUACACGGUAUUGUCGUCUUUACCGGCCACGAAACCAAGUUGAUGCGAAACGCCACGGCGACCCCGAUCAAACGAACCGCUGUCGAACGCAUGGUUAACGUGCAGAUUCUGAUGUUGGUCGGCAUCCUUGUGGCGCUCAGUGUGAUCAGUUCUGUUGGUGAUUUGGUGAUUCGGCAAACGGAGGGCAGUCAGCUCACGUACCUCGACUACGGCAGUACGCACGCUGUCAAGCAGUUCGUUCUGGAUAUCUUCACCUACUGGGUCCUUUACUCGAACUUGGUUCCGAUUUCUCUUUUCGUGACGAUUGAAAUCAUAAAGUACGCGCAGGCGUUCUUGAUCAAUGCGGAUCUCGACAUCUACUACGACAAAACCGAUACUCCUGCAACCUGUAGAACAUCAUCUUUGGUCGAGGAGUUGGGACAGAUCGAGUAUAUCUUUUCCGAUAAGACGGGUACCCUGACAUGCAACAUGAUGGAGUUUAAGCAGUGUACUAUUGCCGGUAUACAGUAUGGAGAAGACGUCCCGGAGGACCGCCGCGCUACAGUCGAAGAUGGUGUAGAAGUGGGUGUUCAUGACUUCAAGAAGCUCCGGGAGAACCUGCGUUCCCAUCCCAGCUCGGACGUGAUCCACCAUUUUCUUACUCUUCUUGCAUCUUGUCAUACUGUCAUCCCCGAAAGAUCUGAGAAGGAACCUGGCAAGAUCAAGUAUCAAGCCGCGUCUCCUGAUGAGGGUGCACUGGUCGAGGGUGCUGCGCUUCUGGGAUAUCGUUUCUCCAACCGCAAGCCGAGGUCCGUGAUCUUCACAGUGGAGGGGCAGGAUUACGAAUACGAGCUGUUGGCAGUUUGUGAGUUCAACUCUACACGAAAACGGAUGUCCACUAUUUUUCGCUGUCCCGACGGCAAAGUCCGGAUCUACACCAAGGGUGCAGAUACCGUUAUCCUCGAGCGCCUCAACCCCGACAAUCCGACUGUCGAGGCGACUUUGCAGCACUUGGAGGAAUAUGCAUCGGAAGGUCUUCGAACGCUUUGUUUGGCAAUGCGUGAGAUCCCUGAAGCAGAGUUCCAGCAAUGGUACCAGAUCUAUGACAAGGCCGCAACAACGGUCAGCGGAAAUCGCGCGGAUGAACUCGACAAGGCGGCCGAACUCAUUGAAAGAGACUUCUACCUUCUGGGGGCCACGGCCAUUGAGGAUCGCUUACAGGAUGGAGUCCCAGACACGAUUCAUACUCUUCAGACGGCAGGUAUCAAGAUUUGGGUCUUGACUGGUGACCGACAGGAAACCGCCAUCAAUAUCGGAAUGUCGUGCAAGCUUAUAUCCGAGGAUAUGACUUUGCUCAUUGUCAACGAGGAAACGGCCCAGGCUACCCGAGACAACUUGACGAAAAAGCUCCAGGCUGUUCAAAGCCAGGGAACCUCUGGCGAGGCUGAAGCAAUGGCUUUAAUUAUCGACGGUCGCUCGCUGACAUUUGCCCUCGAGAAGGAUAUGGAGAAACUGUUCUUGGACCUUGCUGUCUUGUGCAAAGCAGUUGUUUGCUGCCGUGUGUCUCCCCUCCAGAAGGCCCUCGUUGUCAAGCUGGUCAAGCGUCAUCACAAAUCUCUGCUCCUGGCUAUUGGUGACGGCGCCAACGACGUGUCCAUGAUCCAAGCCGCGCAUGUUGGAGUCGGUAUCAGUGGUGUCGAAGGUUUGCAGGCUGCGCGGUCGGCGGAUGUCUCGAUCGCUCAGUUCCGUUAUCUGCGCAAGCUCCUCCUGGUCCACGGUGCAUGGAACUACCACCGUAUCAGUCGAGUGAUCUUGUAUUCCUUCUACAAGAACAUCGCUCUUUGUAUGACGCAAUUUUGGUACUCCUUCCAAAACGCCUUCUCCGGUGAAGUUAUCUACGAAUCGUGGACUCUCUCGUUCUACAACGUCUUCUUCACCGUGCUCCCACCGUUCGCGAUGGGUAUUUGUGAUCAGUUCAUCUCUGCGCGUUUGUUGGAUCGGUAUCCCCAGCUGUACCAGAUGGGCCAGAAGGGCCUGUUCUUCCGACGACACAGCUUCUGGUCCUGGAUUGCAAAUGGCUUCUACCACUCGUUACUGCUGUACAUCGUUGGAGAGCUCUUCUUUAUCUGGGAUGGUGCCCAGGCCGACGGCAAAACCGCUGGUCAUUGGGUGUGGGCCGAAACGCUGUACACUGCUGCGUUGGCGACGGUGCUGGGCAAGGCGGCGCUGAUCACGAACAUUUGGACGAAAUACACAUUCAUUGCCAUUCCCGGGUCGAUGAUCAUCUGGCUGAUCUUCCUGCCGGCGUACGGCUAUGCCGCCCCGGCGAUCGGCUUCUCGACCGAGUACUACGGCACGAUCCCCGUGGUCUUCAAGUCCCCAACAUUUUACCUGUUAGUGGUGAUCCUGCCCUGCAUCUGUCUCCUGCGAGACUACGCGUGGAAGUACGCCAAGCGGAUGUACUUCCCGCAACACUACCACCACGUGCAGGAGAUCCAGAAAUACAACGUGCAGGACUACCGGCCGCGCAUGGAGCAGUUCCAGAAGGCGAUCCGCAAGGUUCGCCAAGUGCAGCGGAUGCGGAAGCAGCGCGGCUACGCGUUCAGUCAGGCGGACGAGGGCGGGCAGAUGAGAGUUGUAAAUGCUUACGAUACCACGAGAGGAAGAGGACGAUAUGGUGAAAUGACCAGCUCCAGGGCUCUAGUGUAACGAUUGUUUGGCUUGUGCUUGCUUUUGAUUUCCGAUUCCGAUUCUUUGUAUGUCCUUACUUUGUGUCUCAUUUCUUGGUCGUUCUGUCUGCCUUGUUGCGUGUGUACUUAGCUCUAUGAGACAAUGUGAAAUAUGUUGACUGCAC